AUGUGUAACCCCCCAGUCACCGCGAUUUGCCCGCGGAUCAUCUGGGCAGCAGCUGGGCAGCUCUAUAGGCUGAGGGGCUCCCUCACUGCAACCUCGUCUGUGGGACACUCAGGGAAGAGGGGACCUUGGUCUGAGGGGCCAGCAGCUGGGCUCACUCUCACUUGCUACUCAGCGAUCUCAGGGGACCGGAUGACCAGGAGAACAGGAGCCCUGUGGGUCCUACAGCACUGGCCUCAAGGACCCCUCAGAGGUGGCUUCCAUUCAAGCCAGGGAGGACUCUCCUUGCCGAAGGUGCUCACAGUGUCUCCUUCUCCCUCUUCCAGGUGCCCUCCUUGCCUGCCUUCCUGCCCGCACUCCCACCUGCAGACCCUGACCUGUGUCACCAUGCCUCGGAGGCACAAGAACAAGUACCAUGCCCACGGGAAACGCCACCAGAUCUGGGGGACCACUAAGGAGGCCCAGGCCAGUGCUGCUGCAGCCCCAGAAGAGGAGUGCCCCUCCUCCCCCUCUUCUGUCCCUAAGGGUUCUCCCCCGAGCACCCCUGAUACUGGCAAUCACCAGGAGCUUCAGGGAGCCAUGGCCCCUAGCUCUCCUGAUGCAGGGCCUACCUGCGUAGAAUCUGAUGAAGGUGCCCAGGGCCCAGAGGAGGAAAGUGCAGGUGCUUCCCAGGUGGCGCCUGCCAUGGAGAGCACUUUCAAAGAUCCUCUGGCCAGGAAGGCCAAGAUGCUGGUGGAAUUCCUGCUGGAGAAAUACAUCAAGAAGGAGCCCAUCACGCAGAAGGCCCUGAUGAAAGUCGUCAGCAGGAAGUACAGGCAGCACUUCCCCGAAAUCCUCAGGAUAGCCUCUGAGCGCGUGGAGCUGGUGUUUGGCCUGGAGCUGAAGGAAGUCGACCGCAGCAAGAACAUCUACGUCCUCAUCAGCAAGCUCAGCCUCGGGGGCGACGAAGGUCCAAAUGAUGAGGGUGGGGUUCCCAAGUCCGGUCUCCUCAUGUUGCUCCUGGGGGUCAUCUUCAUGAAUGGUAACCGGGCCACCGAGGAGGAGGUCUGGGAAUUCCUCAAUAUCUUGGGAAUCUAUGCUGGGAGGAGACACUGGAUCUUUGGGGAGCCUAGGAGGCUCAUCACCAAAGAUCUGGUGCAGAAGGAAUACCUGAACUACCGCCAGGUGCCCAAUAGUGAUCCUCCACGCUAUGAGUUCCUGUGGGGCCCGAGAGCUUGUGCUGAGACCAGUAAGAUGAAGGUACUGGAGGUUCUGGCCAAGAUCCUCCAUUCGGUCCCUAGUUCCUUCCCAGACCUCUAUGAGGAGGCUCUGAGAGAUCAGGCGGAGAGAGCAGGGCCGAGAGGCGCGGCCAGGACUCCAACCGUGGAGGCCAGUGCCCCUUCCAGGGCCAAGUCCUGCAGCUCCUCCCACAUCUAG